UUUCUUCUUAUUUUGACUGCCUUAAAUGUUUAGGGACCAAAAGCAUUUCUUUUUGGUUAAGACCACCCCUGGGGUUUGGGACUUCAUUGACCAGAACUUCCAAAUAAUCAGCUGUUCCACUUUCAUUCUUUCAAUCAACGAAUUUCUUAUUACAAUAGUUUCUAGCAAUCUUUUUUUAUUUAUCAAAAAUCACUUAUUUAAGUUAAUUUUUUUCUUAAUUGCUCUGCUUUUCAAUGUUUGUCUUACAUCCUGGCAUGAUGGAUAUUCUCACUAUUGAUCCAUUUUCAAUAUACGUUCUUCUUGUUAUUGCUUCAUUCGCUUUUUACUUAAGGCAAGUGAGGGCAGUUAGAAGUUAUCCUAUUUCAGUAUAAGUUUGGUAAGUCGAAAAAUCGUCAAAUACAGUUUUAGUUAAGUCAGAAGUUUUGUUUCAUAGAUAUGCUCUGCCCAUUCAACGAUCUACUGUUUCUUAUUACCAAACUGCAUGUCUCGCGAUUUACUAGCAAAUGAAAUAGAUUUUACGCUAAAAAGAGCUUGGUUCGUAGCAUCCGAUUUCUGGUCUGUUGCACUGAAACUAUGCUAUACUGAAGCAAAAAUUCAAAGAGUAUUGACAUGUCUGAGACCCAUUUAUCUUCUUAUCUCUGUAUUCACUUAAUCGCUAAAGAGGAUCGAACUCAGCCUUUCAGCUAGUGCAAAUUAGUUUAAAGCUCACUUUCAGAAAGACUGACCCGAGUUUUCAGGUAAAAAUACUAUCAAACUCUAGAGUUAAAAGUCGAAACAUUGCUUAAGAUAUUAGAGAAUGGAUUUUAUUAUUGAAACCAGUGAUUGCCGACUGCAAAAGUGUUCGUGUCGGAAAAUAUCUUCUAAGUCUACUAGAACCAUGAGUUAGGAAUCAUUUUUGCAUACACGUUUAAAAGCAGAGGGCUGUGAUUGGUACAGUGAUAUUAACAAUUUUGUUACCCCCAAGAUUUUAUAGUUUUCUGUCUUGAAAUAGAGUAUUAAGACUGCAAUAGACCUGUAAGUUGAUAGCAGAACUUGAGAGGACUUCGUUAUACAAAACAGACAAAUCAGCAUACCAACGGCUGUUUGGUGGUACUGAUAAUGAUGAUAAUUGUAUGAAAAGCAGAUAGUCAUCCAUUUCUAAGUCGGCUUAUGGUAUUCCAUAACCCAAAAUAAUUUAACGAGACUUCAGAAAUAAUCCUAAAGCCCUUUCCAGGAGAGGAAAAGAUAAAGAUAAUUCAUAGGUACGGUUGCAAUUUCAUAGGCGAAAUGCUUUUUAUAUUCUCAAUUACUUGUCCUUAUGCAUUUGUAGGCUACGCAGAUUUUCGUGCAACAAUUUGCAUUAACUUAACACAACAUUCUAAAGUCAAUAUUUAACAAGUUUUCCACUAUUGGAUUUCCUCGUUUAUGAUGAUUCGCUUUCGGUAUUUUUGUCACUUUAAACAUGGAUAGUUUUGCUCAGAUCCAUACUUUUUGAACGUGAACGGAACAUCGGCAUGAAAAGAGAAUUUGUACACAAAACCUUUUAGUUGCUAAUUCUGUUGUUUCUUGAUUUUCUUGCCAGUUUCUUCAUUAAGCACCUUUUUAAAAAUUGGAAUGUAAAACGAAAAUAAAUUGGCAUUAGUACUUAUUCGAUUGGAUUUGAAGCAGCAACACAAUGAAAGAGUAUUGUCACGAUAGAAUAGCUAGAAAGCUCUUUCGUCAUUCAAAACUUACAAGUUUACAUCGAUUGUACAAUUGUUUUACAAAAUGUCUAUUGAUAAAUUGCUUGAGAGACCUAGAUGAGUUUAAAAAUUUUCGGUAAGCGGACAAGCAAUAGAUGUUGACUUAUUGUGUUUCUGAGCCUUUUGAUCCAGUAUCCACACUUGAUUUACCCUUCAUUUUGACCUUGAUAUAAGCUUAAGAAUGGACUCAAGCCCCACCUGCACACCUGCCUACUACGCUUAUGCAGGUAUGAUAUCAUUCUGUAUACUGUUUGAUUAUGUUUCAUACGCUUCUAAACAAUUUUAAUGACAGGCAUAUACUUGUGACUAUGUAAUUGCUUUUUGAAAAUCCAAGCGAUGAGUCAGUAGUGGUAUCAUGAUUACUCAGAAUACACAGAAUUUCUAACAGCGCUUAUAAGCAACUAGCCUGGCAAAGACAAACAACAUAGAACAAACGAUUUUCCCGCGACGCGAGCAAAUAUCAACACCACUCAGCAUGAGCAUACAUUCAAUCAAAAAAGUUUCCAUUACCCAAAGAAUUUGUUUGCAAGUUUUAUUGCUAAGCAGGAUUUUUUGUAAACGAGAAAUUGUUGUUGAAGUAUUAAUUAAUUUACACAAGGCUUCAGUGAGUCUCAAUCCUCUGCAAACACUUUUAAGACAAUCGAAAAUCGCCUGAACCCGCUUUGUGGAAAAGUGGUGAAAACACCGCACAUAAUGCCUCGCUGUCCGAUCAGCUAAAGAUGCUGUAUAUCCGAAAAUUAGACUUCGGUAGCUUGUAUACUUCUUCGUGGAAUUCACCACAACUGUAAAUCUUGAUGCAAAGGUUCAUGACAUUAUAAUCUCUCAUGGUCUGUCUCGUUAUCUGAAAUUUAUGGUGGAUGUUAUAGGUAUCGUAUGAUGAUUCAAAGCCAAAAGAUGAGUUAACAUAAAUUCACUUAGCAUAAAGGGUCACUUUGUUCCAAGCACCACGGCAAAAACAGAAGAUAUGUUUUGGAUGGAUACAACUAUUGUCAAAGAUUCGUGUUUUGGAUGCAAAGCAAAGACGAGAAAAUGACUCGUGGUGACUACGGUACAAAUAUCAACGGUUCUGUAUCCUUAAAUCGUACUUUAUGCAAAUUGGAUCUUAACCAUACUUUAUGGAAUGAAACCCUGGUCAAUCUUUGUGCCAAUCUCACUGUAACGUCUUUAGAUUCAACUAAACGGAAUAAGACGACAGGUUUUGAUCAGAGACGUGAAUCACAAGGAUCGUUGAUUUUUCGAUACUUUUUGAUUGCAUUGAUAUUCGUUUUAAUCAUAAUUGGCAACAGUCUAACAAUCCAUGUUGUGAGGAAUAAUCGCAACUUGACAAGCAUUAAGAAUUAUUAUUAUGGCUACUACAUCAUGAAUCUCAGUAUAUCUGAUCUGUUGGUAGGUCUUGUUUGCCUCCCAACGACUCUGCUUUACUACAUAAUGCCUGGUCCGUGGGUGAUGGGCCUUUUUCUAUGCAAACUUUUCCCAACGUUGCAAAUCAUGGUUGUUUCAGCGAGCAUAUGGACUCUCACCGUGAUCACAUUCGAACGAUUUCUGGCCAUUGUGCACCCUCUAAAGCCUCGAUCGACUUCGAGAAGCGUUCGGUUCAAAGUUGUUGCCGUCUGGAUAUGGUCAUUCAUAAUCGCUCUGCCUUCAUUCAUUGCGUAUAAAAUAGGGAGGGAUAAACAAUGCCAAGAAAUUGGAAUAGAUCACUGGUACACGAUAGUGCUAUUCUUGAUAAAUUACGCACUACCACUUAGCUUUAUAUUUGUGACUUAUCUCAGAAUCAUUGUUGAACUCAAAACACAGAGCAGUACUGGCUCUCAAAGAGAAAUCGCCAACCAUAAAAGGUUCUUGAAAAUGACAGUGAUUCUAGUUGUGAGUUUUGCGCUCUGUUUCUUGCCUAGCAAUGUGAUAUUCUUCAUUUUUGGCUAUGCAAACGUGAAAAUCGAUCCUCUGACAAUUUCCACGAUGCUACAGUAUUUUCAUGUCCUUAUUUGGUUCAACAGUUGCCUGAAUCCUUUCAUAUAUGGUAGUGUAGAUAAAUACUUUAAAAAAGGCUUCAAAAAGGCCUUAGGCCUCGGAUCAAGCAACGAUAGCCAAGACAAGACAAAUCUGUCAAAGAUGUCAACAGGCAAAGGAGACAAACACGCUCAUGCGAACAAUCAUAAAUGGCUGCCUCCAAAUGCACCGAAAGACCGAGGGAAAAGAAAACUGGAGGAAAACCGAUCUGUGAAGUUUUCAGAACCUCACCAACUUGCUUUAUCAAACAACAAUCCAUCAGUGGGAUAUUGCAGACUAAAUGAUGUUUCGCCUCAAGAAAUACCUAAAUUGAGCGAUAAAGGAUUCGUUAGUUUUGUGUUAUACCAAAGUAAACAGGGGUCGAACAUGAAUCUUGCAGAAGGCGAUGCUGAAGAAAAUAAGGAACUUUUUGUUGACCUCGGAUCACACAAGAAGACAGAUAAUGGAGGAUUUAGAAACUCUAAUGCAGUGUUCUACGAUCUGUCAAAUAAGGAGGAGCUGCAAAGAGAAUUCCAAUUAUCAAAAGAAACUGCCAUUUAAUGCACAGAAUAGCUUAGAAAAACAGAAAAGUUUCAGUGAAUUUUGUAUUCAGAACAAUUUAGUUUUGAACAUAUAUUCUAAAUCCUCGCAAAAAAUAAUAAUUAGAGCGCAGCUAGAUUUACAAAAUUAGGAAGGCCCAGGUCACUAACUAAGAUUUUCAUUUGAAUACAAUUUCUGGGCUCACAAACUUUGCACUUUAUAGGCAGGUCAUACUGAAAUCGGAUCAUAUUUCCAUCCCUGUUAACAGAGUGCCAAAAGAUCAAAAGCUAAAUAGAACCUUAACAGGUAAAAAGAUUAGAAGAAACAAAAAUGUUUUAACGCCUUGUUAGAGAACAGGUUCAAUUUUUCUUCUUGAUGAAUGCGUUUUCUCGUUGAAUUUCAAGUCUAGCUUGAUUUUAAGAAAACAAAGGACUUACUAAAAGGAAGUUAAGACGCAUCCAUGGGCAAGAGAUGAAAUGAAAUACAUAAUGCUUUUUGGAGAAGGUAUAGGGUAGCAUGCUAGCUUUAGAAAAUACAAAUUUCUUCAUUAGAAAAUACUAAAUUUCAUAAGGAGGUAAGUAAGAUAAUUUUGAUUAUUAAAAAAUAAUCCUUUUUAUCUUGCAUCCUUUGUUGUAAAUACGGUAACUUUUUAUGCCUUAAAUAAGUGUACCAAAUCAGACUAAAUAAAACUGCAAAAGUUUCAUCCUUGACUAAGCCUUUCUCCUGAAUUGAGAAACUUCAGACUGUACAUGCACAUACUGUACAUAAAGUUUCCUUUGCAUUCAAUCCUGCUACAAGUAAUAAAAAUUUAGCUUUAUACAUGUAACAAGCUACUACAAUUUUCAGGCAGUUUCAUUUUUAGAGUAAUUGUCCGCCAGGCUUGCUAGAAAAUAAAAUGGCAGUGAGAACGACGUGCAGAACUAUUCAUACAAAGUUUGCUUGAAGGGAAUUACAGUCAUUUCAUUUUGACAGCCAUCAAUGUUUUCUGCCAUAGAUAACUUGUGUAACGUUUUGCUGAAUGUUUCAUUCAUUUUUAUCAAAUAUUCGCCUUCCCCUAGGGCAAUGGCGGCGCCAGCCACUAAGCUCUGGGGGGGACAAACCAAAAAAUUU